AUGGAGUCUCUGAAGGUGCACAACUCACUGAAGCCCGGCCAGCCGGUGCCCUUCACUCCAAUCAAGCCGGGCAAGGUCUCUUGGUACGCUUGCGGGCCUACCGUUUACGACAAGAGUCACUUGGGCCAUGCGCGCAACUAUGUUUCGACUGACAUUAUCCGGCGCAUCAUGAUCCACUACUUUGGGGCCGAAGUGAAGUUUGUCAUGAACAUCACCGAUGUUGACGACAAGAUCAUCAUCAAGGCCCGCAGACAACGCUUGCUCGAGCUCGAGAAGCAGAAGAGCUACUCCGAAGAUGAGCUGGCCAAGCUUGCUCUUACAGCGUUCCGCGCAUACGCCGAAAAGAGCUUGCCUCUCCUCCAAUCCACCGACCUCGACGAGAACAACUACCUCGAGCGAAGAGACAGCGCAUACGGCAAGGUUCUGGCGGGUGGGACCCUGACUGGAGAGGGCAAGCCCGGCGACGACGAGGCGAAGACAAAGAUGCACAUCAGCAACAUGGACGCCGCGGCGUUCGCGAUCAAGGACAAGAAGUUCUACCCUGGUAUCGACGAGAUCCUCCUGCCGUACCUCGACUCCCUCUACAAGGAGACCAUCGACACAAGCGACCAGACCAUCUUCACCGACCUGACUCAGAGCAUGGAGCGCGAGUUCUUCGACGACAUGGACGCCCUCAACUGCUUGCGCCCCGACGUUGUUACCCGAGUCACCGAAUACGUGCCCCAGAUCGCGGACUUCGUUGCGCGGAUUGUGGACAAGGGAUUUGCCUACGAGUCGGACGGCUCCGUCUACUUCGACAUCACGGCCUUCGAGAAGGCCGGCAACACAUAUGCGCGCCUGCGUCCUGGUAACCGCAACGACAAGUCGCUGCAAGAGGACGGAGAAGGAGCGCUGUCCAAGAACCUGGGCGAGAAGCGCAACGAGGGUGACUUUGCGCUGUGGAAAAAGUCCAAGAAGGGAGAGCCGUACUGGGAGAGCAGAUGGGGUCAGGGCCGCCCCGGCUGGCACAUUGAGUGCUCAGUCAUGGCUUCCGACAUUCUCGGAGCGCGGAUGGACAUCCAUUCUGGUGGUAUCGACCUGGCGUUCCCUCAUCACGAUAACGAGCUGGCGCAGAGUGAGGCCUACUACGUGGACAACGCCAAGGGAGAGCACACAUGGGUCAACAACUUUUUGCACAUGGGCCACCUGUCCAUCUCUGGAUCCAAGAUGUCCAAGUCUCUGAAGAACUUCCAGACCAUCCAGGACGCUCUCGCAACGACAUACACUUCGAGAGGAAUGCGCAUCGUCUUCCUCAUGGGCAAGUGGAACGACGGCGUUGAGAUCUCUCCCGACAUGAGAGCCCAGGCUUCCAGCUGGGAGGCUACCGUCAAUAACUUUUUCACCAACGUCAAGGCCCUUGUUGCGGAUGUUCACGCGUCAACGGGUGGGGUCGAGUCCCUCUCGAUCUCCGACAAGCCAACAGGCAACCUAGUGGCUGAGCUGGAGAAGGCCAAGAAUGACCUGCACACCGCCCUUAGCAACUCCUUUGAUACCCCCAGGCGAUGCGAGCUGGUUAGCGAGGCGAACAAGGUUGUCGUCUCCCAGGAGGCCGAGGCGAACCUGCCUGCCCUUGUUGCCGUCGCCCGUUGGAUCACCAAGAUUCUUGGAACCUUUGGCCUCGACGAGAACGCCACGGCACCGUACGACGGCCUCGGCUGGGCUGCUGCCGCGUCCAACGCGAACGUGGACCCCAAGACUGUCGUGCAGCCGUACGCAGCCGUGUUCCAGAGUGUGAAAUCGGAUGUUGAAGCGCUCAAGAUUUCUGCCGAGUCGGUUUCUCAGCUGCUGAGCCAAACCCCAGAGGCGGAGUUCUCAUCCCUCGCGGACAAGGGCGUGCGCGACCCCGAGCAGCUGGCGCUUCCGUACCUGCGGGCGGCUUCGAGGUUGCGUGACGAGCUCCGACGCAUCGUGUCGACGGUCGCCCCCGAGACGAAGAAGGCCAUCCUGUCGCUUACGGACCGGAUCCGUGACGAGGACCUCACGAACCUGGGAGUGUACCUCGACGAUCGGCCGGACGGGAAGUCGUCGCUGAUCAAGUUCGUUCCGGCGAGCGAGCUGAUUGCGGCGAAGAACGAGAAGCUGGCGAAAGAAGCCGAGAAGGCCCGGGCCAAGGAGGAGGCGAAGCGGGCGCGCGAGCAGGCGGAGAAGGAGAAGUGGGAGAAGGCCAAGCUCCCCCACACGGAAAUGUUCAAGGGCGACGAGAAGUACAGCGAGUGGGAUGCCGAGGGUCUGCCCACCAAGCUCAAGGACGGCAGCGACGUGCCCAAGAGCCAGCUCAAGAAGCUGCAGAAGCAGUGGCAGAGCCAGAAGAAGGCGCACGAGGAGUAUCUGGUCAAGUUUGGGGGUAAAUCAUAG